CAACUUCGGAGUCCAUGUGUUGUCGCCAUUGAAGUUGCCGCCUCAUUUUCAGAACGCCGACCAAGACUAUUCUCUCUGCUAGUGACGUUGACCCGACCUGUACCCCGUCCAUGGGCAAUUGCAGCGGCGUCCCCUCCGACCAAAACCAACUCAGUUCUGACUGCCCCGAGUCUGCCCUACCUUCCAAUGGCCUCUCCGUCCUUCCUCCAAAUUCUAGGCCCCCACUGCCGAAACCUCCUCUCUCCUCCGCCGUCGGCCGCGUCCUCGGCCGUCCCAUGGAGGACGUCCGUUCCGCCUACAUCUUCGGCCGCGAACUAGGUCGUGGUCAAUUUGGUGUCACCUACUUAGUCAGCCACAAAGUCACUAAACAACAAUUCGCCUGCAAGUCCAUCGCCACCCGCAAACUCAUUAACCGCGACGAUAUCGAUGAUAUUCGCCGCGAAGUUCAGAUCAUGCACCACCUCACCGGUCAUCGCAACAUUGUGGAGCUCAAAGGAGCUUAUGAGGAUCGUCACUCUGUCAAUUUGGUCAUGGAGCUCUGUGCUGGCGGGGAGCUCUUCGAUAGGAUCAUAGCCAAAGGCCAUUACUCGGAGCGAGCGGCAGCAAACUUGUGUCGCCAGAUCAUGACGGUCGUGCAUAGUUGUCACUCCAUGGGAGUGUUUCAUAGAGAUUUGAAGCCCGAGAAUUUCUUGUUCCUCAGUAAAGACGAUAGCUCGCCUCUUAAGGCCACUGAUUUUGGUCUCUCCGUGUUCUUCAAGUCAGGAGAUUUUUUUAGCGAUCUUGUUGGGAGUGCAUAUUAUGUUGCUCCUGAGGUGCUGCGUAAAAGUUAUGGGCCAGAAGCUGAUAUUUGGAGUGCCGGGAUUAUAUUGUACAUUCUGCUUAGUGGUGUCCCGCCUUUCUGGGCUGAAAAUGAACAGGGCAUCUUUGAUGCGAUUCUUCGGGGAAAUAUUGAUUUUGUGUCAAAGCCUUGGCCAUCCAUAUCAAGUAGUGCCAAAGAUUUGGUUAGAAAGAUGCUACGAGCUGAUCCUAGAGAACGCCUUUCAGCUGUUGAUGUCCUUAAUCAUCCUUGGAUGAGAGAAGAUGGGGAUGCAUCUGAUAAGCCUCUUGACACUGCUGUUUUGAUCAGAAUGAAACAAUUCCGGGCAAUGAACAAACUAAAGAAAGUAGCUCUGAAGGUAAUUGCAGAAAAUCUUUCUGAAGAAGAAAUCAUUGGCUUGAAGGAAAUGUUCAAAUCAAUGGACACAGAUAACAGUGGAACUAUCACUUUUGAAGAGUUGAAAGUCGGUCUCCCCAAAUUGGGCAGUAAGCUUUCUGAGUCUGAAGUGAGGCAGUUGAUGGAAGCGGCUGAUGUAGAUGGAAAUGGAACCAUUGAUUAUAUUGAAUUUAUUACAGCUACCAUGCACAUGAAUAGAAUGGACAGAGAGGACCACCUAUACAAAGCAUUUGAAUAUUUUGACAAGGACAGGAGCGGGUAUAUCACGAAGGAAGAGUUGGAAUAUGCACUAAAGAAGUAUAAUAUGGGUGAUGAAAAUACUAUAAAGGAGAUCAUUGCUGAAGUUGAUGCAGACAAUGAUGGAAGAAUUAAUUAUGAUGAGUUUGCUGCCAUGAUGAGGAAAGGCAACCCAGAAACGGUGGAGUGCAAAUAUCAACGUAAAGCAGUUCCCUUCUUGGCAUACCAGAGUUUAGGUUUUUUGUUUGGUGACCUAAGCAUCUCCCCUCUUUAUGUAUAUCAAAGUAUAUUUUCUGGUAGACUGCAACAUCUUCAAAAUGAGGAGGCAAUAUUUGGUGCAUUCUCUCUGAUUUUUUGGAUUCUAUCUCUUACGUCAUUGUUCAAGUAUAUCAUUAUCAUGUUGAAUUCAGAUGAUAAUGGUGAAGGUAAGGGGGGAAUUAUCGCUUUGUAUUCACUUCUUUGCAGAAAUGCAAAAUUUUGUCUGCUACCUAAUCUUCAAGCAUCUGAUGAGGAGCUUUCUACAUAUCAUAAGCCUUGUAGCUCAAAUAGAAAUAUGCCAUCCUCACGUUUGAAAAGAUUCAUUGAGAGACAUAAGAGCACAAAACCUGCAUUGCUUAUUUUCGUUCUUCUUGGUGCUUGUAUGGUUGUUUGCAUUGGUGCGCUGACACCUGCUAUUUCUGUUCUCUCAUCCAUUAAAGGGCUGGAAAACCAGACAAUGGCUACGAAUAAUAGUAUGUUGCUUCUUAUUUCUUGUAUUCUACUGGUUGGACUCUUUGUACUGCAACACCGUGGUGCCCACAAUGUGGCCUUCAUGUUUCCUCCCAUCAUGAUCCUAUGGUUACUGUUUACUUUCGUGGUUGGCCUUUACAAUGUCAUCAAAUGGAAUCCAAGAGUAUAUCAGGCUCUAUCUCCAUAUUAUAUAUAUAGGUUCUUCCGGGUUACAGGAAAAGAUGGUUGGGCUAAUCUUGGAGGAGUGUUUUUAUGUUGUACAGGGACUGAAGCUAUGUUUGCAGACCUAGGAUACUACGGGCAAGCACCUAUAAGGGUUGCAUUUUGUUGUGUCAUUUACCCAUGUCUAGUCCUUCAAUACAUGGGGCAGGCUGCUUUUCUUUCAAAGAAUAUAUCUGCAGUGCGUAUAAGCUUUUAUGCUUCCAUUCCAGACGUCCUUUUUUGGCCAGUAUUUGUGGUGGCUGUUUUGGCAGCAAUAGUUGCAAGUCAGGCUGUUAUCUCUGCAGCAUUCUCAAUUGUCAAACAAUGCCAUGCAUUUGAUUGUUUUCCUCGUGUUAAGUUUGUACACUCCAGACGAUGGAUCCAAGGGCAGACAUACAUACCGGAGAUAAAUUGGAUUCUUAUGAUUAUCAGCUUGGCUGUGACAAUUGGUUUUGGAGAUCCAAUCCAUAUAGGAUAUGGCUAUGGGAUUGCUUGUCUAAUUGUCACAUAUGUGACCACAUGUUUGACAUCUCUAGUCAUCAACCUUGUAGGGAAUCUAAGUCUUGUAGCUGCUCUUGCAUUUCUUUUAUUCUUCGGUUCAAUAGAGGUUCUCUUCCUUUCCUCUUAUUGCAUGAAAAUCCCAAAAGGUGGCUGGGUUCCUCUGUUUCUCUCUGCAGUUUUCUUGGUGGUAAUGUUUGUGUGGCAUUAUGGUUCUAGAAAAAAGUAUUUAUUUGACUUGCAUAACAAAGUUUCCAUGAAGUGGAUCCUUACACUGGGUCCUAGUCUUGGGAUUGUUAGGGUCCCAGGAAUUGGCCUCAUCUACACUGAAUUAGCUGCUGGAAUACCAGCGACUUUCACCCACUUCUUGACCAAUUUGCCGGCUUUUUACCGAGUGGUUGUUUUUGUUUGUGUUAAGACUGUACCUGUUCCUAGUGUACCACACAAGGAACGUUACCUCAUUGGCCGAAUUGGUCCCAAAUCUUACCGAAUGUACCGGUGCAUUGUUCGAAAUGGUUAUAAAGAUGUUUAUAACAAUGAAGCUGAUUUUGAGAAUGACCUGGUGCUUAGCAUAGCAGAAUUCAUCCAAUUGGAAGCAGAAGGUGGUUCCAGAAACCUAGAUGGUGCUGUGGAUGGCCGAAUGGCAGUGGUUAAGACAUCUGGAAAGUAUGGGACGAGAUUGUUAAUGUCAGAAUCUGGUAUUGCUGAAGAAGGCAGUAGUAGUUUGAGUCUUUCUGGAACCUUGACAGUAAGCAGCAGCAAGUCCCCCACGCUCAAGAGGUUGCAAGCCAUGUAUGAACAGGAAUCGCAUGAACUUAACAAUAGAAAACGGAUUCGAUUCGAGUUGCUAAAUACAAUAUAUAAAGAUCCACGUGUCAAGGAGGAGCUUCUGGAGCUUGUGGAAGCCAAGCGUGCAGGGGCAUCUUAUGUAAUCAGCCAUUCUCACGUAAAGGCCAAGUGGAACUCAUCAUUCAUAAAAAGGUUUGCCAUCAACCUGUACUCCUUUCUACGAAAGAAUUGUCGGGCCCCUGCUGUAAGCUUGAACAUUCCUCACAUCUAUCUGAUCAAGGUAGGCAUGAAUUAUCAUGUCUGAGACUAUUCUGUGAGUAUGAUAUCAUGUCGACUAGAUGAAUAUGCAAGCCAUAAUACCUAUAGGCAGAUUGUUUCUUAUACAGAGUCGAUACACACCGUAUUGCGCUAGCAUUUAUGCUUGGCGUGUCCAGAGGAAUAGUUUGAUAUCAAGAUGUUUGAUUCUGUAAUGAAAUGGUGUUUGGUGCGGGGUGAUGAGCUUGCCAAAUAUGUACUUGGUUUUCCAUGUCUCAGUCACUGUUGUUACAUAGAAUCACAUUUUCUGCUAUAUUUGGUUUUACGCAUACAGUCUCACUCGUUUUUGCGUCUGUAUUUAGAUUUCAGAAUGAACUUUUCAUCUUCAUGUUUGUUCAUUUUGACUAUUGUAAAUUAUAUUCCUUAGUGAAAUAAUAAAUGAAACUUUCCAAAAUUAA